CCCAGAAAGCGGAAGCGGAAGCGCACGUCCAUUAGUCGCUCACCUGCUACCCCGGUGCAGUGUCAGAUGCAGCCCUGAACAGGAGGGCGUGCUGAGAUUUAAGGGCGCUGCUCCCGCUCUCCUGCGCUGUACUGGCCUCCCCGCCCUCCCUGGGCUCCUCCAGAGCCGCGCGACUUCCUGUACAGCGCUGUGCCCAGGCCUCCAGCCACCGCCGCUGCCUUCCCGCCGCCGAGAGCCGGCCCGCCCCGCCCUCGCCUCCCGGGCGGCGGCCGGUUUCUGCGAGCCAGGUUCCAUCGGCCGAGUAGGUGGGCCGGACCUGUAUCUCUCGUGUAUUAACAGGUCCCAGGUGUGGCACAGGGAGAACUAGUCUGACCUAGGCACCUGGGGACCUAGGACGACCAUCUUGCACGUCCUCGCUGUUGCAAGUAAGGAUUUCAACUGCUCUGACUGACUGUGUGGACCAAACAUUAUUCAUCUGCCUCCAAACUACCCAGCGGCUCCCACUCCCAUUCCUCUUACUGCGUUGGCUUCUUGGGCUUAGAGAGGGCUAGAUUCCAGAAGCUGAAGCAAGGAAAUGGACUCAGUGGUCAUUGAGGAUGUGGCUGUGGUCUUUACCCAGGAAGAGUGGGCUUUGUUGGAGCUUGCCCAAAGGAAACUCUACAGAGACGUGAUGAUGGAAACCUUCAGAAACUUGGCCUCAGUAGUUUCUCAAAAAUUUAAUGAUGGGGAAAAGUUAUCCAGUAAACACAUAGCAGUGCAAUUCAUGAAGAAUGACACCUGGUCCUCCAUGUUAGAAGAAAUCUGUGAAUUUCAUGGCAUUGAAGAUCAGUAUAUAAACCAAGGGAGACAUGUGAGAAGACAUAUGGGAGAGAGCCUCAGUGAAAAUAAUGAAGGCAAUCAGUGUGGAAAAGGCUUCAGCCAGAUUGGAACUCUUACUGUGAUCAAACGAACUCCUACUGAAGUAAAUCCUGCAUGCUGUGAAUGUGGAAAAUCUGUCAUGCAUCAUUCAUCACUUCAGCGUCAUAUCAGAUCUCAUACUAGGCGCAGUACCUGUGUUGCAGAAUCUGGAAACUCUAUCCCCGUAUGGACCAAAAUUUCCAGUGGAAAUUCUUGAUUGGUAUUUAGAUUUCGUAAAAUGUACUGUUUUGAAAAGGUACACUCACAGAGGUUACUACAAACGUACUUUCCCAAUAAUUGAUCAAGUUUAUUGUUAAACUGAAAUUAAUUUAAUUAAGAGUUUAGUUUCAUAAUUGCACUAGCCACAUUUCAUGUAAUACAAGCCACAGAUUAAAAAGAAUUUUAGUAGCCGUAUUACAAAACUGAAAAUGUUAGUGUGAAAUUAUUUUUAACACUCUAUCUUAUUUAACCCAAUACACCCAGUUAUUUUCAAUAUAAAAACUGUUAAUGAAAUGAACAACUAAACUCGUUAUGUAAAGUUAUUAAUGAGACAUUUUACUUUUCUUUUUACACGAAGUUUUUCAGAAUCCAGAAAGGCACAUCUCUAUGUGGAUGUGAAGUUUUCAUUGGAAAUUUUUUUGUUAUUGUACUUUAGAUGAAGGUUUACAGAACAAACUACUUUCUCAUUAAACAGUAUACAUAUUGUUUUAUGACAUUGGUUAACAACCCUGUGACAUGUCAACACUCUGACUUCACAACCCUGGGUUCCCUAUUACCAGCUCCCCUGGCCCCUCCUAGUCCUAGCCGCAAGGCUGGUGUGCCCCUUUAGUCUCGUUUUGUUUUGUGGGCCUGUCCAGUCUUUUGCUGAAGGGUGAACCUCAGGAGUAACUUCAUUACUGAGCUGAAAGGGUGUCCGGGGGCCAUACGCUCAGGGUUUCUCCAGUUUCUGUCAGGCCAGCAAGUCUGGUCUUUUUUAAGUUAGAAUUUUAUUCUGCAUUUUUUUCCAGCUCUCUCCGGGCCCCUCUAUUGUGAUCUGUCAGAGCAGUCAGUGGUGGUAGCCAGGCACCAUCUAGUUGUACUGGACUCAGCCUGGGGCAGGCCGUGGUAGGUGUGGUCCAUUAGUCCUUUGGACUAAUCUUUCCCUUGAACCUUUAGUUUUCUUCAUUCUUCCUUGCUCCUGAAGGGGUGAGUCCAGUGGAGUACACUAGAUGGCCGCUCAUAGCCUUUUAAGACCCCAGAUGCGACUCACCAAAGUAGGAUGUACAACAUUUUCUUUAUAAACUGUUAUUCAGAUUGAGCUAGAUGUUCCCCGAAACCAUGGUCCCCACAGUCCUCAGCCCAGCAAUUCGGUCUCUCGGAGUUUGGAUGUGUCUAUGGAGCUUCGAUGACCUUGCCUUGUACAAGUUUCUAAAUCAUAUGGUAUUUCUAUUUUUAGCUUUCUAAAGAAACGGCAUAUCGUUUUCCAAAAUGGUUGUUUCAUUUCGCAUUCCCACCAGCACUGCAUAAGAAUCCUGAUCUCCACGCAGCCUCUCCAACAUUUGUUUUCUUUUUUUUUUUGAUUCGUGCCAGAAAUGCUGGGGUGAGAUGGUAUCUCAUUGUGGUUUUGAUUUUUUAGUGACCGCAUAUCCCUACGUGUCUGUUGGCAGCUUGAAUGUAUUCUUUGGUGAAGUGUCUGUUCAUUUCCUUUGCCCAAUUUUUAAUUUUAUGUUUAUUGUGCUUUAAAUGAAAGUUUGCAAAUCAAGUCAGUCUCUCAUACAAAAAUUUAUAUACACCUUGCUAUGUACUCCUAGUUGUUCUCUCCCUAAUGAGACAGCACACUCCUCUCCAACCAGUAUUCCCCGUGUCCAUUCAUCCAGCUUCUGUCCACCUCUGUCUUCUCAUCUCCCCUCCAGACAGGAGCCGCUCACACAUAGGCUCAUGUGUAUGCUUGAGCCAGGAAGCUCACUCCUCACCAGUAUCAUUUUCUGUCUUUUUUUAAAAAAAUUUUUUAUUGUGCUUUGCAAACCCUGGUGGUGUAGUGGUUAAGUGCUAUGGCUGCUAACCAAAGGGUCGGCAGUUUGAAUCCACCAGGCGCUCCUUGGAAACUCUAUGGGGCAGUUCUACUCUGUCCUGUAGGGUUGCUAUGAGUCGUAAUCAACUUGAUGGCACUGGGUUUGGUUUGGUUUAUUGUGCUUUAAGUGAAAGUUUACAAAUCAAGUCGGAGUGUCAUACAAAAAUUUAUAAACACCUUGCUAUAUAUUCCUAAUUGAUCUCCCCCUAAUGAGACAGCACACUCUAUCCCUCCACUCUCUUUUCGUGUCCAUUCGGCCGCCUUAUGACCCCCUCUACCCUCUCAUCCCUGCUUGAGACAGGAGAUGCCAACAUAGUCUCAUGUGUCUACUUGAACCAAGAAGCUCAUUCUUCACCAGUAUCAUUUUCUAUUCCAUAGUCCAGUCCAGUCCCUGUCUGAAGAGUUGACUUUGGGAAUGGUUCCUGUCUUGGGCUAACAGAAGGUCUGGGGACCAUGACCUCCGGGGUCUUCCUAGUAUCAGUGAGACCAUUAAGUCUGGUCUUUUUAUGAGAAUUUUGGGUCUGCAUCCCACUGCUCUCUUGCUCCCUCAGGGAUUCUCUGUUUUGUUCCCUGUCAAGGCAGUCAUCGGUUAUAGCCGGGCACCAUCUAGUUCUUCUGAUCUCAGGCUAAUGUAGUCUCUGGUUUAUGUGGUCCUUUCUGUCUCUUGGGCUCAUAAUUACCUUGUGUCUUUGGUGUUCUUCAUUCUCCUUUGCUCCAGGUGGGUUGAGACCAAUUCACGCAUCUUAGAUGGACGCUUGCUAGCGUUUAAGGCCCCAGACGCCACUCUCCAAAGUGGGAUGCAGAAUAUUUUCUUAAUAGAUUUUAUUGUGCCAAUUGACUUAGAUGUCCCCUGAAACCAUGGUCCCCAAAUCCCCAGCCCCCGCUACACUGGCCUUUGAAGCAUUCAGUUUAUUCAGGAAACUUCUUUGCUUUUGGUUUAGCCCAGUUGUGGUGACCUCUCCUCUAUUGUGUGUGGUCUUUCCCUUCACCUAAAGUAGUUCUUAUCUACUAUCUAAUUAGUGAAAACUCCUCUCCCUUCCUCCCUCCCUCACCCUUUUCAUAACCAUCAAAGAAUAUUUUCUUCUCUGUUUAAACUAUUUCUUGAGUUCUUAAAAUAGUGGUCUUAUACAAUAUUUGACCUUUUGUCACUGACUAAUUUCACUCAGCAUAAUGCCCUCUAGAUUUCUCCAUGUUAUGAAAUGUUUCAUGGAUUCAUCAUUGUUCUUUAUAGAUGCGUAGUACUCCAUUGUGUGAAUAUACCGUAGUUUCUUUAUCCAUUCAUCUGUUGAUGAGCAUCUUGGUUGCUUCCAUCUUUUUGCUAUGGUAAACAGUGCUGCGUUGAACAUGGUUGUGCAUGUAUCUGUUCAUGUAAAGGCUCUUAUUUCUCUAGGAUAUAUUCCAAGGAGUGGGAUUGCUGGAUUGUGUGGUACUUCUAUUUCUAGUUUUUUAAGGAAGCACCAAAUCAGUUUCCAAAGUGGUUGUAUCAUUUUACAUUCCCACCAGCAGUGUAGAAGUGUUCCAGUCUCUCCACAACUUCUCCAACAUUUAUUAUUUUGUGUUUUUUGGAUUAAUGCCAGCCUUGUUGGAGUGAGAUGGAAUCUCAUUGUAGUUUUGAUUUGAAUUUCUCUACUGGCUAAUGAUCCUGAGCAUUUCCUCAUGUAUCUGUUAGCUAUGUGAACAUCUUUAGUGAAAUGUCCGUUCAUAUCCUUUGCCCAUUUUUUAAUUGGGUCAUUUGUCUUUUUGUAGUUGAGUUUUUGCAGUAUCAUAUAGAUUUUACAGAUCUGGCGCUGAUCAGAAAUAUCACAGCUAAAAACUUUUUCCCGGUCUGUAGAUAAUCUUUUUACUCUUUUGGUGAAGUCUUUGGAUGAGCAAAGGUGUUUGAUUUUUAAGAGCUCCCAGCUAUCUAGUUCUCUUCUGCAUUGUUAGUAAUGUUUUGUAUACGGUUUAUGCCAUGUAUUAGGGCUCCUAGCGUUGUCCAUAUUUUUUCUUCCAUGAUCUUUAUCAUUUUAAAGUUUAUAUUUAGGUCUUUGAUCCAUUUUGAGUUAGUUUUUGUGCCUGGUGUGAGGUAUGGGUCUUGUUUCAUUUUUUUGCAGAUGGAUAUCCAGUUAUGCCAGCACCAUUUCUUAAAGAGACUGUCUCUUCCCCAUUUAACUGACUUUGUGCCUUUGUCAAAUAUCAGCUGCAGUUUUUUGUCUGGGUUCUCAAUUCUGUUCCAUUGGUCUAUGUGUCUGUUAUUGUACCAGUACCAGGCAGUUUUGACUACUGUGGCAGUAUAAUAGGUUCUAAAAUCAGGUAGAGUGAGGCCUCCCACUUUUUUCUUCUUUUUAAGUAAUGCUUUACUUCUCCGGGCCCUCUUUCUCUUCCAUAUCAAGGUGGUGAUUUGUUUCUCUGUCUCAUUAAAAUAUGUCAUUGGAAUCUGGAUGAGAAUUGCAUUGUAUUUAUAGAUCGCUUUUGGUAGAAUAGGCAUUUUUACAAUGUUAAGCCUUCCUAUCCAUGAGCAAGGAAUGUUUUUCCACUUAGGUCUCUCUUGAUUUCUUGCAGUAGUGCCUUGUAGUUUUUUUUGUACAGGUCUUUUUUUCAUCUCUGAUUAGAUUUAUUCCUAAGUAUUUUAUCUUCUUGGGGCUAUUGUAAAUGGUAUUGGUUUAGUGAUUUCCUAUUGGACGCUCUCUUUGUUGGUAUAGAGGAAUCCAACUGCUUUUUGUGUGUUUAUCUUGUAUUCUGAUACUCUGCCGAACUCUUCCAUUAGUUUUAGUAGUUUUCUUGAGGAUUCUUUAGUGUUUUCUGUGUAUAAGAUCAUGUCAUCUGCAAAAAGAUAUUUUUACUUCUUCCUUAGCAAUCUGAAUGGCCUUUAUUUAUCUAGCCUAAUUGGUCUGACUAGGACCUCUGGCACAACGUCGAAUACGAGUGGUGAUAAAGGGCAUACUUUUCUGGUUCCCAUUCUCAAGGAGAAUGCUUUCACACUGUUUCCAUUUAGGAUGAUGUUGGCUGGUGGGUUCGUAUAAAUGCCCUUAUUAUGCUGAGGAAUUUUCCUUCUAUUCCUAUUUUGCUGAGAGUUUUUAUCAUGAAUGGGUAUUGGACUUUGUUAAAUUCCUUUUCUACAUCAAAGGAUAAGAUCAUGUGGUUCUUGUCUUUUAUUUAUAUGGUGGAUUACAUUAGUUGUUUUUCUAAUGUUGAACCAUCUCUGCAUACCUGGUGUGAAUCCCGCUUGGCCAUGCUGAAUUAUUUUUUUGAUAUGUUGUUGAAUUCUAUUGGUUAGAAUUUUUUGAGGAUUUGUGCAUGUAAGUUCAUGAGUGAUAUAAGUCUGUAAUUUUCUUUUUUUUGUGGUGUCUUUACCUGGUUUUGGUAUCAGGGAUAUGCUGGCUUCAUAGAACGAGUUUGGGAGCAUUCCAUCCCUUUGUGCUCUGAAACACCUUUAGUAGUAGUAGUGUUAACUCUUCUCUGAAAGUUUGGUAGAACUGUCCAGUGAAGCCGUCAGGGUCGGAGGUUUUUUUU